AUGCAACCGGAAGGAGAAUGCGACCAGCAAUGCGGUGACGAUCAAGUUUGUAUUUUAUCUGAAAACACUUGUUCUGAAUGUGCAAAAUGGAUUUGUCAGCCUAAGGUUGAUCCGGAAUGUGUUACAUGUCCUGAAAUUACAUGUCAAUCAUGCAACAAUACCUCAGAACUCUGGGUUCAGAAACGUUUCUGUUAUUCUUGUGGUGACGCUUAUUGCGUCAAAUCUCCUAAAC